UCCCGAAGUACAAAACACGAGGCUCUUGGGAUAGAUCAAACAGUCUUGCAAUCACCAAUUUCAGCUCUCGUCCUCUCACAAGCUCCCUGCCAGUACUACCGCUUCAAUUCGUCCCAGAAACCAUGGCUGGUUCGAGUGAUGUAGUUAACGACCAGGCUGUUGCACAGCAGGUCGAGGAGAAGGUCGAGGCUGUUACAACCACUGAGAAGCCUUCAGAGGAAACUACAAACAAGGCAGAGGAAAAGCUUUCGACCGACGACAAGUCCACCGAAAACGCUAAAACUGAGCCAACGACUGACGACAAGGAGAAGAAAGAUGACUCUAAUGCGACACCUGACAGCGACGUUGUCGAAGUUGAGGCUGAGAAGGUCGCUGAAGUGGCUGCGUCUGCGGAUGCGGUCCCUUCCACUACCGAAACGACUACUACCAUCUCGACCAAGAGGAAGGCUGAGGCCUCGGAGGACGAGACACCCGCCAAGAAGGCGUGCCUAGAAGCUGAGGCUUAGCUGGGCUCCAGUGAAACCAAUUUCUGACAUUCUGUACUCCACACGCGAAAACGUUUUCUGACAACCAUGACUAAUAAUUGACUACUGCUGCA